UGUGCUUACGUCGGUAUCAAUUGCGUAGCAUACGGUUUCCAAAGUGAUGACGCCGUUCGUUUCCAGGUGUAGCGGCGCUGGCUAGAGACAGUCGGUUAAUGACCAACAUCGAUAAAAAAAAAAGGGUGUAAGAAUCCGAACUUUUGCAAAAUAAACUGCAACACACCUGGAGUGCAUUGAACGAAACAGACUGUCCAUUGAUUAAAAUGGCAGAGCUUGGCUUCAGUGAGCAUCACCAAAAUGAAGUCAUCAACUAUAUGCGGUUUGCUCGCUCAAAAAGAGCUCUCAGGCUGAAGACUGUGGACUCCUGCUUUCAAGAUUUAAAAGACAGCAGGCUGGUGGAGGAAACGUUCACAGUGGAUGAAGUGUCUGAUAUGUUGGAUGGCUUGCAGGUGGUUGUACACGGAGAGGUGGAGUCAGAACUCAUACACACUGCCCACACCAAUGUGCUGCUCCUGCGGCAGCUCUUCUCACAAGCGGAGAAAUUUUACCUGAAACUCCAGACCGACGUCUCAGAGCUGGAAAACAGGGAGCUUUUAGAACAAGUUGCAGAAUUUGAAAAGACAGAAUUUACAUCAUCAAAUAAAAAGGCAAACCAAGAAUCUAACAAACCUAAGCUUGCUCCCCUCAAUGAAGGUGGAGUGUCAGAACUGCUUAACAAGCAAAUCUUAAGAUUACAAGAUGAAAACGAAAAACUGAAAGCCAGACUCCGGACAAUAGAAUCCCAGGCUACAAGUGCAUUGGAUGAAAAAUCUAAAUUGGAAAGAGCUCUGCAAGAUUUACAGAGAAUACAAGGAGAUCAAAAGCUUGCGUUAAAAAAUAAGGAAAUCACAAACCUGGAAGAUACAGUGGCAGCAUUAAGAUCUGAUUUCCAGAAGACACUAAAUGCCAGUACAGUGACACAAAAGAAUCUGGAGGAAAACCUUGUGGCAACAAAGCAUGAUUUCCUCAAGGUCCAGGAACAGCUUACCAUGGCUGAAAAGGAAUUAGAAAAGAAAUUUCAGCAAACUGCAGCAUACCGCAACAUGAAGGAAAUGCUGACCAAGAAGAAUGACCAGAUAAAGGAGAUAAGAAAACGCCUUUCGAAGUAUGAGCCUGAUGAGUGAAUGUGUCGUAUCAUGUUUUAAACAGUGGAAAGAGCUGUCACUACUGGAAACCUAAGAAUUUGGAAUUUAAUGGCAUUCUACUUGCUGUUCUCACGAAGGAAUCAGAAUAGGACCAAUGCUUGCAUACUUGCAUGCUACUGGGCAGCAAUAAUGAUGAUACUGAUAAUAUUAAUAUAAAUAGUGUAUGUUUAGUUUUAACUUUCAAAAACUAGCACCUAUUAUCAAUCAGGCUAUAGAAAAUAUAUAUUAAUUUAAAGCAAUAGGGUGAUGUGUCAGUAUGAGAAAAUAGCUUAAACUGAAAAAUUAGCUGAAUGAAAACUUGUGAUUGUGAAGUUGAGGGGGGCAGCGUUCAUGAAUUGCCAGUGAAGAUCUAAAUAGAUUUAGAGUUGAAAUUAAGAUUUUUACAUUUCACCUGGAUUUCCCUUUUCCAAUUCAAUUUUAUAUUAUGUUGUGCAUUACUAAGUCUUAUAACAUUGUUAGUUAGCCUCAACUUUUAGGAAUAUAAUUAUUUUUGCUUUAACACGUUCUGCUCAUGCAUUCCAAAAAGUUAUACACUCAUGUCAUUGAAGCACAUUAAGGGGCUGAUGUAAGGAUAUGUGCAAAGUGAUUUGUGGCGCAAACCGUGUUUAGCGGCUGCAAAGUGGGACUUUAGCAGCCUAAAAAUGCAGCAUUUAUAAAGAAUGAAUUUUCACCUGGCGUUCUGCACCUGCUAUCAAAUUAGAACUUUGCCAUCAUUAACCAUUUAAAUGCUAUUGAGAUGUAUUCAUAUGAAGAAGAGCAUGCAAUCUGGUGAGGAUCUGGAAUACUAAGCGGGUGCAAAAAUUAUAAUGAAAUGUAAGAAUUUUGCCUUGCACUUGGGCAAUUGCUGACCCUCCAAAAAUGUUGAACCACCUCUUACAAGGUGCAAACCAUUGUAGAAGCCAGUAAUUAAGAGCUGUAUAAAACCACACACCUUCAGAGACCUGUCAUUGGCCUCAGGAUGGCUGCUGUGAUACACUUACUGAUGCGGCGACGCUUGGCUCUUGUUGAGGAGAGGCAGGAAAACCUUCGGAGGAGAAGGGCAAGAUGAAGAAGACCCCGCAUAUUCAAUCCCAGGGUCACUUUGUUUGGGAUGUCGGAGGAUGCGGUGCUAAAGCGUUAUCGUCUCACUCCGCAGGUCAUGCUAGACCCAAUAGCUGAAUUUCACCUUUUCAUCACCUGGUUGACUGUCCUGGUAACACCGACAGCAUUGCCGUUGUCCAUUAUGGCCUCUUUGGUAGCAUAACUGAUGUUGGGUGAGGCUUUUCCAAAUAACUUAAUUUCAUGCCAAGUGACCUUAGCCGUAAGUACUCUCAGCUCCUCCUCAGAAAACUGCUGACAUAUUUUUUUAUUUGGUUUGAUUGUCGUGCUCCACAAAUCUCAUACAGUGCCUACUGCUCUCUACUCCUAACUCACCUCACCUCGGGGCUGUAAGUGUGGCCGCAGAAUAGCCCGAUGUACAGGCGGUGCUCAUUGCGACCCUCAUUAUCAUGAUUGCUGCUGAAUAUCUAUGUGUAAGUAAUUUGCAUUGCUCUUAAGCUUACAUAGACCGCAGUGUAAAAUAAUUGCCUGGCCACUAUGCAGUUUGGAUCCUUACAUCUGCCCCUUAAUGUAUAAUGAUUUCCUUUACUUAAAGGUGGAAGUCAUUGGUUACAUAUAUUUUUUGCACUCUUCUGUAUACAAAGAGAGGAAAUGGAUUGGUGUUACAUAGUACUUUUUUAUUUUUACAGAAUAGGUGUGUAUCUGUAUUCUUAUUAAAGGGAACAGUGAGGGGAUCAUGUUAUGGUACUAAAAUGUAUCUGAUUUUAUGAAUGUACCUAUUAUGUACCUAAUUUUCAAAGGCUGUUGGUGUGACUACAUUAUAUGUAUAGCUUUGGAAAAAAUAAAUGGUAUUAGACAUUU